AUGAAAAUUAUAGAGCCAAGCAGCUGCAAUGUAAGUACCAUCAAUCAUUUGCCAAACGGCAGGUCUACACCAGAGCCAGUGAAAGACGAAGGAACAUCCGAUAGGAAAGAGGAACAACACGUUGCGAACAAGAAAUCUCUCCAUGUAAAAGUGAGUCGUGCACAAAGCGGGGGAGAAUCCCCCCCCAAUGUAGCUCCCCCCGAAUGGAACACCCACACCGAUGAAAGGAAUGAGAAAGAUAAAAAGAGAGAAGGCCCACCCAAAGGAGAGGCAAAAUUAUCACAGGGAAGCACAAUGCCGAACUUGAUACCAACGAUGAAGAUAUGGGAAAAACCUAACGUGGGGAAACUUCCCCGGGGGAGACACUCAAAUGGUGAGCACUACAAAGGGAGAGCACAGAAAAAUUGCCAAGACGCACAGGAAAGUGCAAGUAUCAAUGAGGAGAAAAAGAAGAGAGGAAAAAAAAAGAAAAAGAAGAGUGAUCCCCUUCCUGAAGGGGGUAGAAGCAAACAUAUAGACAAUGUACCAGGCGAUGAAGCAAACCGCGUGCCCCAUUUGAAAAAAAUAUACACGUUAACAGAAGGAAGUGAUUCUCCACAGAAUUUGGGAGGCCUUACUGAACUGGAAGAGGACAGUUUCGUGGGGUCUCUCUCCAGUGAAAACUCGAAUGGCCUAUGCGAUAAGGCAAAAACAAUCAAUUGUAGCUUUGGUGCAGAUAAGAUAAGUACCCACGAAACACCCCCCAUGGGAGAGGUCCUAGCAGGAAAUAGAACAAUUAAGAACCCGUUCGACCCUCCUAGCGACACACGUAAAGUAGAGAAGACCCCCAUCUAUUGGCAGAAUGAAGCGGUCGAGACCGCUAGACGAAGUUGCAAUGGGGAAGCAGAAGAAGGGAGCAUAAACAAAGGGGUGGGAGAAGCCAGCAGGGGAGCUACCAACGGGGAAGAACCCUGCAGGGAAGCUGCCAAUCGGGGUGAUGCCGUUACCGGAAAACUCCAAUCGGAAGGCUACCACCCAAAGAGGGACACCCCAAGCGACGGUGCCAACAAUGGGGACGACGAGGAAGGCAACAAACGUGGAUCCAGCCCCACAGAUGCAGCUACACCAGAAAACGAAAUUGAGCAAUUAAAAGAAGAAAUAAAAAAGGAAGUAUACAACAGAUUAAGCAUCGCACUAGACAUCAAUAUGAACUUAAACGAAAAUGAAAAAUACUAUGACCUUUUUAAAAAAAAAAAAAAAUUCCGAAAAUACAUUAUUAAUAGCUGCAAGUUUGUAAUCAUCCUUGGGAAACACCUGAAUCUGUCCUUCUGCACGAUUUCACUCGCCCUGUAUUAUGUGCAUAAAUAUCACGAAAAGGUUUUGAAGAAGAAGAAGAAUGCGUUACCCUACUUGAUUGGUGGUGCUUGUAUUUUCUUGGCAUGGAAAAUGAGAGAGGACAUGGAGAAUCUGAAGAAGUCUAAAAAGCUGUACGACAUUCCGAAGAUGAUUUUUAAGUUACUUAACUAUUUUGACAAGAAAAAAAAAAUAAAAAAAAAAAUGAGGGAGGUACAAGUUGGCAUGAUCUUGAGUGGGUGCGCUUACCGGAAGUGGGAAGACCUUUCGGAUGAACACACCUUCGGUUCGACCGCGGGGAAGGCGGAUAAAGGGGAGAGCACAGGGAACGCAAGGAUGGCAGGAAAGGAAGGAAACACAGCAAAGGAAGGAAACACAGCAAAGGAAGGAAACGCAGCAAAGGGCGAAGGUCCAAGUGGAAGGCGCCGCGGAGAAGAAGCCCGUCCUCCGGGGAAGGCAUCCCAAAGGAGGACUCCCCCCAGGAGCGGCAAAAAAAAGCGAAAGCUCUCCCCCAAGGGUCAAGCCGAGAGGCCCCCUCCGGAACCGGCCGAAAGGAGCAGCCUACACCGACACCUGGCCCAGAUAAAGCGCAUAGUCAACGCGGGCUACGUAUCUGACGUGAACAACAUAUGCCACGUUAGCGACUGCUUCAAUUCGUAUCUCUCCGAGUGCAACAGUAGGGACGUCUCCGAGUAUGAGCUCGCGGGGGGGGAGCGCGGCACGAGAGGCGAUCUAUCUGACCACCUGCGUCACAGUCUACAUGACGGUCUACGUGACGAUCUGCCGCACAACCAAGAGGACCCCCCCCCCAAAACCUACCUGACCCACUUCCAACAUCUGUGCAAGCGCGAGAAGCGAAAAAUACACAUAUCCGCCUCCAAGUGGGUCCUAAAAAAUUCAGGCCAGAAGCUCCAACUCAUGCAGAAGGUAAUAAUAUACUACGAGGGGGAAAUCCUAAAAAGCAUUAACUACUAUUUGAAGCCAGAUAUAUUUUCCUUCGAGCUGUUGCCAUCGUUCAUUGGACACUUUGCCAACAUCAUGAAGGGCUACGUGGCGGAGGACGAGGUAGUCAGCCUGGAGAAAAUCGCCUCCCUCAGCAUCCUUGAUUAUUACAAGACUCCCCUUUGUUUGGUCUUCACUUCGAAAGAGAUCAUGGUGGCUUGCAUCCUGCGCGCAUACAUCUCGUUGAAGUGGAUCUGCGGCCAGCUGGACCUCCGGGCUAUGUCUCUCCAGGAUUUCGAAAAAAAGGCGACUCGCUUCACAGAGCACGUCAGUUCGAAUAACCCCAUCAGCAUAACCCGGGUGAAGAUAGCGUUGCGGGAAAUCAGGCUCUUCGGCGAGUGA